UUGGAAUCGACUCCCCACCACUACUCCACUGACGCAACCAAAUGCUUGAGAAACAGGACUAGGUGCGACAGGUAGCUAGCUAGUCAAGAGAAACUUAAUGUAAACAACUUAACAUGGUGACGGAGAGGUGAACGACACAGCAACAUGGUCUUCGAAAGCGUGGUGGUAGAUGUCCUAAACAGGUUUCUGGGGGACUACGUUGUGAACCUUGACACCUCACAACUCAAGCUAGGGAUUUGGGGAGGUGAUGCUGUGCUCAGAAAUCUUGAAAUAAAGGAAAAUGCCUUGAGUCAACUUGACAUUCCUUUUAAAGUAAGAGCCGGACAUAUAGGACGUUUGGAGCUGAAGAUUCCAUGGAAGAAUCUGUACACCCAGUCAGUGGAAGCUACACUGGAUGGAGUUUACCUGCUCAUCGUGCCCACAGCCAGUAUAAAGUAUGAUGCAGAGAAGGAGGAGAAACAGCUUCAGGAGGCUCGUCAGAGGGAGCUGCAGAGGAUCGAAGAGACCAAACAGAAAGCAGCGGAACAAGAAAACCCCGCACUUGAGAAACAAGACACCUUUGUGGAGAAACUGGUGACACAGGUGAUCAAGAACCUUCAGGUGAAGAUCUCCAACAUCCACAUCCGCUAUGAGGAUGACGUCACCAAUCCCAAAUGCCCAUUAUCAUUUGGAAUGUCUCUACAGAACCUCAGCCUUCAGACCGCAGAUGAGAACUGGAAACCUUGUCUUCUGAAUGAGAAAGCCAAGUUGUUUUUCAAGCUUGUCCAGUUGGACAAUCUCUUUGGCUACUGGAACGUGAACUCAAUACUGUACUCCAAUCACAUGCCAGACGAGGCCCUGCGAUGCCUCCAGAACAGCAUGGAUAUCUACAGUUCCACCCCCAUGAAACACGAUUUCAUUUUUCGUCCGAUAACGGCCAAUGCGAAGCUGAGCAUGAACCCCCGGUCAGACGUAAACUUCUCUUCACCCAAGGUAGACUUGGUAGUCAACCUGAGAGAGGUGGCCGUGGAGCUGAACAGGCCACAGUAUAUCAGCAUUCUGGAGCUCCUGGGCUCGGUGGAUAUGAUGUCACGCAACCUGCCGUACAGGAAAUACCGGCCGCAAUUCCACGUGCACACCAACGCCUACAUAUGGUGGCAGUAUGUGAUUAUGGGCAUCAUGGAGGUGGACGUGAAGCCACGGUUGCACAUGUGGUCGUGGCAGCGCAUCCACCGCCACCGGCAGACAGUCAAGUGUUACAGAGCGCUCUACAAGUCCAAGAUCACCAACAAGAAGCCCACUGAGAAGCUGCUCAGGGAAGUGGAGGAGACUGAGCGGACUCUGGAUAUUUUUAACAUCACGCUGGCCAGGCAGCAAGCUGAGAUGGAGGCGAGCAAGGCGGGUCUGCGUAUCUUUCGUCCGGGGGUGAAGGUGGAGGAGGAAUCUCAGGGCUGGGUGGGCUGGAUGUGGUCCGGCUGGUCAGGAGAUGACGGCGCCAAGUCCAAGGAGGUCAAGACCGGAGCUUUUGGUGAGCUUAUGACUCCUGCCGAGAAGGCCAAACUCUACACUGCCAUUGGCUACAGUGAGGUAGCUGUCAAUCACAACCUGCCAAAGAACUUUGAGGACAUUAAGAUAUAUUUUCACAUGAAGAAGAUGUCUUUCUCAAUGAAAGACAACAAGGAUCAGAAUGAAAUCCUCAAGGUCACAGUUGAAGACCUGAAAUCCAUGCUGACCCAGAGGCCCGGAGCACAAGCCAUUAAGCUGUCAGCCCAGCUUAGUCUGUUUGAGGUGAAAGGACUGGCAAAUAAUCGGCCGGCGCCCACCCUGCUGUCGUCGAGGAAGGCUGCCACGGUAACAGGGACCCCCCUGCUUGACAUCCUGUUUGAGACCAACCCUCUGGAUGAGAGUGCUGACCAGCGGCUCCACGUCGAGUCCCAGCCUCUGGAGAUCAUCUAUGACGCUGUGACGGUGAACAGCAUGUCUGCGUUCUUCUUGCUGCCUGAUGACCUCCAGCUAGACGAGCUGACCAACGCCACUCUCAUGAAGCUGGAACAAUUCCGAGACCGCACCUCCACAGGGCUGAUGUACGUGAUUGAGACCCAGAAGGUUCUGGAUCUGAACGUCAACCUCAUGGCCUCCUACGUGAUCGUGCCCCAAACCGGCUUCUACGACUCCACUCAGAACCUCAUGCUAUUGGACCUGGGUCACUUCAAGGUGUCUAGUCUGAGCAGAAAGGGGCUACCCCAGCUCUCUGUAGGGAGAAGGACUAUACAGGACAUCAUGUCCCAAGCCUACGACAGCUUCAACAUCAAGCUCAGCAGCCUACAGUUUCUCUACAGCAAACCAGACGGGGACUGGAGGAAAGCCCGUAAGCUGAAGCAAUCGGCCCUCCACAUCCUGGAGCCUGUUGAUGUCAAGGUGGUGUUCAGCAGAGCCAUGGUGGUCACAGACUCACGCAUGCCCAAGUUUAAGAUCUUCGGGGAGAUGCCUCUCUUGUCUCUGAGGAUCUCUGAUGAUAAGGUGCGGGCCGUGCUGGAGCUGAUUAACAGCAUCCCGCUGCCGGAGAGCAGGCCGGCCCCGCGCAGCACCAACACACACUCUACACCUAAGGCUCCAAAGCAGUCGUACACCCCUCAGCUAACCCCCAGGCAACCAACCAUGGCUGAACUGCGCAACUCCCUCAUAUGGGAAUCAGGCUCAGAGGAGGACCUGUUCUACGAUGCUCCCAGCUCUCCUAUAGGCGACAGUCCGUUCUUCCCCGACAACAUGCCCAGCCCCCUGCAACGCUCCGACUCGGUCAAGAGGAGAGGUCUGGUCAAGAAAGACCCCAAGAAGAACAUGACAGAGUUCCUCAUGACGUUUGAGAUCAACAAGCUGUCUGUUCAGCUGUGUCGUCUGUCUAGAGACCAGGAGGUCACAGUGUUACACCUGGACGUCGAGCGUCUCGGCACCGAGCUAAAGAUUCGCACCUUCGACAUGACAUCUAACACCUUUCUACGCGAGAUCUGCCUAGAGUGCUCAGAGUAUAUGGAUUCAGAGGAGAAGAAAGUGCACCUGAUCACCACUCUAGACAACACAGAGGAGGACCUCCUCACAUUGGAGUACACUAAGGCUGAUAAGAACGGGCCAGAAUUCAAGUCUCAGUACAAGAACACUGAACAAUCAGUAAAGGUGAACUUCUCAUCUCUGGAUGUACACCUGCACACGGAGGCUUUGCUCAAUGCCAUGAACUUCCUGAACAGCCUCCUCCCCCCGACCAAGGAGGCGGUGCCUAGCAAGGAGGAGCUUCCCACAAUCGCAGAGGAGGACGAGGGAGAGGGGGAGGAGGGAGAGAAGGAGGAAUCGGCCGUGGCAAAAAGAACAUCUUCUAAGAAGUCAAGGUUUGAGGACGUGGUGAAUUUGCACAUCAGAGCUGAUCUCAACUGUCUGAAGGUUUUCAUCCGAGGCCAUAGCCACAUGAUAGCAGAGAUCUGCAUUGAGGGCCUGGUGUCGGAGGUGCUGAUGAGGAGAAAGGCGGUGGAGGUUCUGGCCAACCUGAAGAACAUAGUCAUCCUGGACUGUGAUAAGGAGGCACUGUACAAGCAGUGUGUGUCCAUAGCUGAUAAGGAGGUGUUUGCUUUCCGCAUGGUGAACCACACGGACGCCACUGAGGGCGAUGCCUAUCUAGACAUGGGUAAAGUGGACACCAGCAUCACCCUGACGGUGGGCUGCAUCCAGGUCAUCUUCCUCAACAAGUUUAUCUCCUCCAUCCUGGCUUUCAUCAACAAUUUCCAGGCGGCCAAGGAGGCCCUGGCUGAGGUGACGGUGCAGGCAGCGGAGAAGGCAGCCACAGGGGUGAUGGAGCUGGCUGAGCGCAGCGUGCGCAUCUCUCUGGAUGUAGACUUCAAAGCUCCUCUUGUCUUCCUGCCGCAGUCGUCCUCCUCCACCAACGUCACUGUGGCUGACCUCGGUAUGGUCACGGUCAAGAACUGCUUCGCCUUGGUCGACUCCCAGACGCAUGUCAAGAUCCCUCCCAUCAUCGACACCAUGACCGUGGUCCUUAGUGACCUGAAGAUGUACAGAACCACCUUUGAGAAGGGGAGAUUUCAGGGGGAGAUCCAGGUUCUGAAGCCGGUCAACCUGGACCUGUCCAUCCAGAGGAACCUGUCAGCCUCCUGGUACCACAGCAUCCCUGACAUAAAGAUCACUGCCCACCUCAAACCUAUGAAUCUGAUCCUGAGUCAGGAUGACAUGACGGUGGUGUUGAGGACUCUGGGUGAGAACAUGUCAGAGACGUCAGACGCUGCUUCCCCUCGUCCUCCUCCGUCUACAGUGGAUCACUCCGACCCUGACACUACCAAAGGCUCGCAGGGCACAGGAGGUACUGGUACUAUCUCCACCAGCAGCAACAUAGUGGUAACUGCUGCAGUGGUCGAGACCCAGAAGAGCACUAAGCUGAAGAACAUACUCAAAGUAGACUUCAAGUUUGACUCCAUGACUCUGGUCCUGUACAGCCCCAAUGGGACUGAGGUGCAGGUGUUGAACUCCAGGGAUGAUCAGCUGAUGCUGGCUGAGUUCACCUUGGGAACAAUCUCUACAUCUGUCCACAUGUUCUCAGACGGAUCCAUGAAGGCCUCCGUCAAACUCACAGACUGCCUGCUAGACGACAAGAGACGCAGAGUCAAGAAUAUCACUGCCAGGAUGAUGGCGAUUCGUCGGAGCGCUGAGAGGAACGUGAUGGUGGAGGUGAACUACAAUCAGGGGCGUGAAGGCACCUCUCUGGAGACGGUGGUGCAGGAUGUCUACCUCUGUGCCAGCAUGGAGUUCCUGCUCACCGUGGCCGACAUCUUCCUCAAGGCCAGCCAACAAGGUUUCUCCUCAGCCGCCCCCAAGAACAGCAACACUAAACCCACAGUUACAGCCACCGCAGCUUCCAAGGAACCUGCUCCAGUGGCAGUCAAGUCGGAGAUGAAUGUUCUGGUGAAGAACCCAGAGAUUGUCUUUGUGGCUGACCUGACGCGUGCCGACGCCCCAGCCCUGGUCAUGACCAUGGAGUGCGAGCUGGUGAUGAAGAGCAACCCGGAUGGUCAGCUGAUGACGGCAGUGGUCAAGGACCUGAAGGUAGUGGCCUGCCCCUUCCUGAGGGAGAAGAGGAGGAACAAGGAGACCACUGUGCUGCAGCCCUGCCAGGUGUUCUUCAAGAGCGCACAGUCCUCUACCUCCCCGCAGGCCAUGGAGGUCUCCAUCAAGGCACUGACACUCAAGGUGUCGCCCAUCAUCAUCAACACAGUGAUCACCAUCCAGUCGGUGCUGAGCCCGGCCGGUGCAGACAUGCCCCAGUCGGAGCUGGAGAGCCCCGUGCACCCAGACCUGUGGGAGCGCCGGUCCUGGCGGGAUCUCAAGCUGUGGUUCCUGGAGGAGGAGGGUAAAGACGAGGAUGCCCAGUCCCUGGUCCGGCUGAUUCCCCAGGGUGAGUCCCUGCAGGUGGCCAUUUCCUCCAUCUGCCUGACACUGGAGGCAGGGGUGGGCCACCGUACCGUCCCCAUGCUGCUGGCCAAGUCCUCCUUCCACGGGGACGUCAAGAACUGGAGCACCCUCAUCAACCUGCACAGCCAGCUCAACCUGGAGGUUCACUACUUCAAUGAGGUGAUGGGGGUGUGGGAGCCUCUGCUGGAGCCCCUAGAGGACGAUAUCAGAGACGGCUUCAGAUCCUGGACUCUGGGAUUAAAGAUGAAGAAGAAGCCAGUAAAGUACUCAGGUAUAUCAGAUGAAGUAGACUACAGCAUCCCAGACUACAAGACUAUCAUCAGCAUCAGCAGCAAGGACCAGCUCAACAUCACCCUCUCCAAGUGUGGACUGGGCAUGCUCAGUAACCUGGGCACGGCCUUUGCGGAGGCGGCCAAGCAGACAUCAGAGAGUUUCCAGGAGGACGAGGCGCCGUUCGUGGUGAAGAACCGUCUGGGUCUGACUGUGUCAGUGGUAUACAGUGAGAUGUUCUGCCCCCUGGGCUGUGAGGCCACAGAGAACCGUGUAGAGCUGCAGAACGGAGAGAGUGUCAACAUGGACUACCGUCGCACCACCACCCACUCAGACCAGUUCUCUGCCAUGACCUCGCUGGUGGCCAAGGACUACUACAUACAGCCCACUCCGGCAGGCCACACUUCAGCCAGCAUGAUUCCGUUGAUCAAAAUGGGGCGUGGUAUGUACAGUGUCAUGCACAAAGUCUCUGGGGUCACCCGCUUCCUGGUCUGUCAGAUCUACUCUGUGCAGGGAAGCAAGCACAUCAAGAUCCGUUCUCCCUUCCAGAUCAUAAACCACUUUUCCAUCCCGUUCAGAGUGAUGGAGGGCUCCAUGUGUCUGGGGAUGUCAUUACCUACAGAGGAGUUCUGCGUGCCUCUCGACUCCUACAGGUCAAAGUUGAGCCUGCAGCCGGUAACCGAAGGAGACAAUCAAUAUGAUUCUUCCGAGGGCUUCAGCUACGAGUCAGUGAGUCAGCAGCCUGGCGCACGUGUACAGCAGACCUGUCAUCGACAUGGCAACAGCGCCAGCGUGCUAAUGGUCAACAUCGUACCUCUGAAAGACACAGUGACAUCACAACACACGGGAGUGGCCGGGGAGCACUUUGAUGAGCCCUACAUCCUGCACCUGUGGCCCUCCGUCCUGCUCCGGAACCUUCUACCCUACCCCAUCACCUAUCGCCUACAGGAUAGUGAAGAGCCCGCCCCCAUCACAUUGAUGGACGGCCACUCAGCAGAGCUUCACACCGCCGUCAUGGACCUGUCAAGCCUGGAACUCCGCCUCCUCAACUACCUGGGGCAGGAUUGGAAGGCCCACUAUGGUCUCCGUGGCGACCAGGACGAGAUCACCUUCAUUGUGUUCCACUCCCUGCGCGAUGAAGAUGAGGAGGUUAGGUUAGGGGAGGGUGGAGAAAGGAAGCGGGCAGAGCUGGACAUUGCGGUGCAUGUGAAGUACGAUGCGGGCCUGACUGAGGUGGCCAUCCAUUCUCCCUACUGGAUGGUGAACAAGACGGGUCGCCUGCUACAAUACAAGGCCGACGACAUCCACCGCAAACACGCCAUGGACUAUGACAUGCCCCUGCUCUUCUCCUUCAAGCCACGCAACUUUCUGCACAACAACAAGGUGCGGCUGAUGAUCUCGGACAGCGAGCUGUCUGAUGAUUUCUCCCUGGAUACCGUGGGUAGCUAUGGUGAAGUGAAGUGCAAAGGGAGGCUCAAAGAUUACCUGAUCGGGGUGAAGAUUGACCCCAGCAGUUUCAGCCUGACCCGUAUCGUGAGCUUUGUGCCAUACUACCUGUUGGUGAACAGGACCAAGCAUGUGAUCUGGGUGGGAGAGGAGGGCCAGGAACACUGGACCAAGGCCAAACCACACCAGGCAGCCAUCCCAUUCUGGCCCGAGAAGGACUCCAAGAAGCUCAAAAUCAAGGUAGAAGGCUGUCAGUCAACCCCUCAAACCAUGGACUUCACCAAACCAGAAAACUGCCUGUUGCUGCACCUAGACAACACUCUGGGCGGAGUCAUUGUGGACGUGAACCUAUCAGACCACUCGAUCAUUAUCCGUUUUUCAGACUACCACGAUGGAGCCGCCCCCUUCCUCAUCAUCAACCACACCCUGGAGCAGACGCUGGAGUUCUACCAGAGUAGCAGUCAGAAGGAGAAGGACAAGCUGAGCCCGGGGAAGGCGGUGUACUAUACCUGGGCUGAGCCCACCGGGUCACGCUCCCUGGCCUGGCAGUGUGGUAGCUACAGUGGCGAGCUGAAGAGUGAAGAGGACCUGCGGUUGGACGUGAAUGAGGAGGGUAAGCUGUACCUCAUCUCAUUCUACGAGGGCCUCCAGCGGGUGGCGCUGUUCACCGAGGACAGGCGGAUCUACAAGCUGCUGUGUGAGAGUGAGAAGGCCGAGCUGGCUGAACAGGAGAUCAUCCUCUCCCUGCAAGACGUGGGUGUCUCCCUGGUCAACAACAGCAACCACCAGGAGGUGUCCUUCAUUGGCAUUACCAGUUCAGACGUGGUGUGGGAGUUCAAGCCAAAGAAGAAGUCUCGCUGGAAACCACUGAGUUUUAAAUAUACAGCGCUGCUGGAGACCCACUUCAGAGAGUACACCGAGAGUGGAUCAGUGGACAAUGCCAUCUUAGACCUGGAGAGCAACUUCCAGGUGUCUCUGACGCCAAAUAGGCAAGACAUGAGGAUGAUGAAGCCAUGUGAUGCUCCAAUCAGGAGGAACUUCCUUCCGGGGGUGAAGGUGGAGUACAGCGUAUCAGCCCGCCAGAGUGCCUACCGUGUCCAGAUCAACCGCAUACAGAUCCAGAAUCAGCUGCCUGGAGCAAUCUUUCCCUAUGUCUUCUACCCAAUAAAACUACCAAAGUCUGUCACCAUGGACUCAGAGCCCAAACCUCUGACCGACAUCAGCAUUGUUACCAGGGCAGCCGGACACUCAGAUAUCUCCCGCAUCAAGUAUUUCAUGGUGCUGAUCCAGGAGAUGGACUUGAAGUUGGACCUGGGUUUCCUCUACGCCAUCUUGGAUCUGUUCACCCCGGAGAAUGCCAGCGUGAUGACAUCAGAGCAGAUGGUGGAGUUGUUUGAGAAGGACAUUAAGUAUCUGAAGACUGAGCUGAACAACAUCUCAGCCGCUGACACGUCCCCUAUCAGUCUCUAUGAGUACUUCCACAUCUCUCCCAUCAAGUUGCACCUGAGUUUGUCUUUGAGUUCUGGAGGUGAGGAUGGUAAUAAGGAGAAGAGGGAGACUGAGGUCAUCCCUGUCCAAUCCCUCAAUCUGCUGCUGAAGAGCAUCGGAGCAACCCUCACUGACGUGCAGGACGUCGUCUUCAAAUUGGCCUAUUUCGAGCUGACAUUCCAGUUUCGCACUCGCCAGCAACUACAAUGGGAGGUCAUCAGACACUACUCGAAGCAGGCGAUAAAGCAGAUGUAUGUGCUGGUAUUGGGCUUGGACGUGCUGGGAAACCCCUUUGGACUGAUCCGAGGUCUGUCUGAGGGAGUGGAGGCUUUCUUCUAUGAGCCCUAUCAGGGAGCUAUCCAGGGACCAGAGGAGUUUGUGGAGGGUAUGGCACUGGGGGUGAAGGCACUGGUUGGAGGGGCAGUGGGGGGCAUUGCGGGCGCUGCCUCCAGGAUAACAGGCGCCAUGGCGAAGGGUGUGGCUGCCAUGACGAUGGAUGAGGAAUACCAGCAGAAGAGACGAGAGGCUAUGAACAAGCAGCCCAGCGGCCUGAGAGAGGGCCUGACUCGUGGAGGCAAAGGACUGGUCUCUGGCUUCGUCAGUGGGAUCACAGGGAUCGUCACCAUGCCCAUUAGAGGUGCUCAGAAGGAGGGUGCGGCAGGCUUCUUUAAGGGUGUCGGGAAGGGGCUGGUGGGGGCUGUGGCCAGACCCACAGGAGGUAUCAUCGACAUGGCCAGCAGCACUUUCCAGGGCAUCAAGAGGGCGGCUGAGACGUCCCAGGAUGUGGAGAGUCUGCGUCCGCCUCGCUUCAUUCACGAGGACGGGGUCAUCCGACCAUAUAAGGAGAGAGAAGGCGUUGGCAGCCAGAUGCUACAGAAAAUUGAGAAUGGACAGUUCGCCAAGUACAGAUACUUUGCUCACGCCAAAGUAAACGAGUCAGAUUUCUUGAUGAUCACCAAAAGUGGAAUCUUUUUCGUGACCAAAGGCACAUUUGGGCAGCUUACCUGUGAGUGGCAGUAUCUGUUUGACGAGUUCACCAAGAAGCCCAUGAUCGUGGAGGGCAGGAGGCUUCGGAUAGAGGCAAAGGAGAGAGUAAAGUCUGUGUUUCAUGCCAAAGAGUUUGGGAAGAUUAUAAACUUUAAAAGUCCAGAAAUAGCCGAGUGGGUUCUUACCAAGCUGGAGGACGCCAGGGAGAGUCUACACAAGUACUGACUGGUCACUCCAAUAGGGCCACCAACCAGCAUUGAGACAUGGCAAAAGUACAACGUUGACUGAUAGUGUGUGUGUGUGUGCGCGCAAGGGUAGGGUGUGCCUCUGUCAGUAUACUACCUACUCACCCCCAGGUUAGACUUGCUCUUUCAUUCACACAGACACUCAUACACAGACACACACACACACACACACACACACACACACGGACUGUCUGGACAUCUUGCAGACACACAGGCUGCACUAGCUAACACUAUCACUGCUCCGGUUGUACACAGCCAUGUGGCAGAAAUAUCUCCUUGCACUUCCUUAAGCCAGUUUGGUCUGCCAGCGGUUGUAGAAGAGGCCGCGGUGGGAGUAUUCGAAGGCAGUAAACUACUCGCUGAUGUUCUCUGUGUCAUUGGCACAGGUGAAGUGGGAGUAAACAGUCUCUCUGUCUAGGUUCUGCUCCUGGUACAUAUUCAGGAUGAACUCCCUGGUUGCUUUAGGGUCAUUCUGUGUGCGUUUCUCUAUCAGAAGGCAAGUCAUGUCAGGUUGCAGUCCGCGUGUCUGUAAAACAAUGUGUUUGUAUGUGUGUCAAUGUCACUGCUAUGAUUGUACACAAUUAUGUGCCAGAAAUGUCUCCAUCUCCUAAAUAUACAUGUUUGUUUUUUAUAUUUUCUUUGAAGAAGUAGGACUUUCCUAACGGAGCUCUGUCAUCACAUUACAAUUUGUUUGACAGUUACUGAAUGACGUGCUUGUAAAGAUAUUGUGGCCAAAUCAUUGUGGGACUCAGAGCACUGUUUUUAACUGCCUUGAUGUGUCUAUGUUAAACACUUAUUUUACUGUUGAUAUAGGAGGGGGAAAAGCAUUUAAACUUUUUGUAAAAUCAGCUCAUUAGCGGAGUCCAGUCCAAGAUGCUAAUGAUUCUGUUCCAAGGCUCACCCUAUUCCAUUCCACCUCUUCCUAAAUCACUAACUGUUGUUUUUCUACACAAUUCUGCAUGCAUUUUUUUAUAUGUCAAUCUGCUCUACAUUAAUUUCAGUGGGGUGUGUAUACUGAGUGUACAAAACAUUAAGAACACCUGCUCUUUCCAUGACAUAGACUGACCAGGUGAAUCCAGGUGAAAUGUAUGAUCUCUUAUUGAUGUAACUUGUUAAAUCCACUUCAAUCAGUGUAGAUGAAGGGGAGGAGACAGAUUAAAGAAUGAUUUUUAAGCCUUAAGACAUGGAUUGUGUAUGUGUGCCAUUCAGAGGGUGAAAUGGCGUGACAAAAGAUUUAAGUGCCUUUGAACAGGGUAUGGUAGUCGGUGCCAGGCGCACCGGUUUACGACAAGAACUGCAAUGCUGUUGAGUGUUUUACACUCAACAGUUUCCUGUGUGUAUCAAGAGUGAUCCACCAUCCAAAGGACAUCCAGCCAACUUGAGACAACUUUGGGAAGCAUUGGUUUCAACAUGAGCCAGCAUCCCUGCAGAACGCUUUUAACACCGUGUAGAGUCUAUGCACUAACGAAUUCAGGCAAAUGAGGGGAGGGUGUGGAGGGUAAUGGAGUGGCAGCAGUGUUGGAUUUUCUGGAAACCUGAUUUGCCGUGGCUACAGAUAGAGAUGUACAUGUUAGUCAUUUAGCAGGCACUCUUAUCCAGAGCGACUUACAGUUAGUGCAUUCAAGAUAGCUAGCUGGGACAACCACAUCGCAGGCAUAGAAAGUACAUUUGUCCUCAAUAAUGUACCUAUCAGUAGAGUCAGCUAGGGGGGGGGGGGGGGGUCAAGUGCAAGUGCUGGUACAUUUUUCUGCGCAUGUUGGAAUUUUUUACGUAGCUGCUGUCCACUCCGCAUGUUCCAACUACUGCAUUCCAUCCCUCAGUAGGCUAUUAAGCAUGAUUUCAUGUUAUUUUUUCAGGAGGGGGGGUUAGGCUACAUGUAGCUAUUUACAUGUUAUAGCCUACACAAAAGACAUGAUCAACAUGGUCAUACAAAAUUGUUUUCUAUUUUUUCUUUUCUCCCCAAUCGGUAGUUACAGUCUUGUCCCAUCACUGCAACUCCCCUACGGACUCGGGAGAGGCGAAGGUCGAGAGCCAUGUGUCCUCCGAAACACGACCCUGCCAAGCCACACUGCUCGCUUAACCUGGAAGCCAGCCGCACCAAUGUGUCGGAGUAAACAUGGCCAAGUGGCAACCAUGUCAGCGUGCAUGCACCCGGCCCGCCACAGGAGUUGCUAGAGCGCGAUGGGACAAGGACAUCCCAGCCGGCCAGACCCUUCCCUAACCCGGACAAUUGUGUGCCGCCUCAUGGUUCUCCCAGUCGGCUGCGACACAGCCCGGGAUCAAACCCGAAUCUGUAGUGACGCCUCUAGCACUGCGAUGCAGGGCCUUACACGGAGCCCAAACUGGCUGCGCGUGUGUGCCAUCGUGCCCUAUCGAGCAUAAUUUUAUUUUGUCCCCCUACACCAAACGCGAUCAUGACACAGGUUCAAAUAUCAAAACAAACUCUGAACCAAUGACAUUCAUUUGGGGACAGGUCGAAAAGCAUUAAACAUGUAUGGCAAUUUAGCUAGUUAGCUUGCAUUUGCUAGCUAAUUUGUCCUAUUUAGCUAGCUUGGUGUUGCUAGCUAAUUUGUCCUGGGAUAUAAACAUUGAGUUGUUAUUUUACCUGAAAUGCACAAGGUCCUCUACACCGACAAUUAAUCCACUCGUAAAACGGCCAACCGAAUCGUUUCUAGUCAUCUCUCCUCCUUCCAGGCUUUUUCAGCAACUGGGUUUGCUGUGCAGGGUUUUCCAAACUCGGUGCACAUUUUGGUGUUUGCCCUAACACUACAAAGCUGAUUCAAAUAAUCAACAAAUCAUCAAGCUUGAUCAUUUCAAUCAGCUGUGUAGUCCUGAGGACCGAGUUUGGAAGGUGCUGGCGCUAGUGGCAACGAUAUUGCAGCAACCACAUCACCAAAACGCAGAUAGUUUUUGCCCCAAUUCAAUGUGUAGGGACUGCGUCCUGCUUGUGUGACUGCAUUAUCCAUUACAACAGAUGGAGAAGGUUGUAGCCUUCAUAAUGGCCUUGAAUGUUUGUUCAAAUCACUGAAGGGUUUUAGUUGCAGCUGUUCAGGAAUAUCCGGCUACAUCAUGGUUCAGAAGACGGUGUGUAAAGUGAGGGAGGUGGAGUGUGAGCAGCAGCUACGUAGAAAACAUGUGUGCGUAAAAUAACACAUUCACAGAAUGUGAUCUGUAGCUUUUGAGAAAUAGUUUUCCAGAGUGGUGGGGGCAGAAACUCUGGAUUCGCAGCCAGGUCCUUUAAAAUCUAUGGGUGGGCUUGUGUCUCCUCAUUGGCAAUUUUCAUGUUUUCAUGCAGCAGGUAUGCAGUGCCAUUAACGACAGAGAGAUUUUAAAAUAUAUUUACAGUACCAGUCAAAAGUUUGGACACCAAACUUUUUAAAACUAUUUUCUACAUUGUAGAAUAAUAGUAAAGACAUCAACUAUGAAAUAAUACAUACGGAAUCAUGUAGUAAACACUAAAUUGUUAAACAAAUCAAAAUAUUGUAGCGACCCGCACAGACAGCUGUGUGUUAUGUGCUAGGCUAGGAGGUGGUUGUGUUGUACUGACCAGUACCCGGUGUUCGCGGGGUCCGACAUGUCAAUCAACCUGCUAUCUGCCAAUCACGGGAAUGCCUGGAAUGUUCUGAUGCCGGGCAUCCUGGUGGUUGGCGGAGUGGCGUGGAGGGGGGUUGGGCAUUGAAAGUUAAGACCAGGUUCAGCCUUUGUUCUCUCUCUCUUACGUCUGGGCUUCACAAGAGAAGGUCACGAUUGGCUUGUGGGUUAUCUGUCAUCUAUUUGGCGUGUGCUACGGCCCAAACAGUAGCCUGUGUAAAGUUGGUUCAAUAAACCGUCAAUUCGCAAACUCAA